AUUCACUGUGCGGCUUACACAGACAAUGUUGAGCAAACCGAAAGAAACCUAGCUUUACUGGUGGGGAUUUCUCGAUUAACACAAAUAACUUGUCUUUGGAUUUCUAGACGCUGGUAAAACCAGUAUUUCGCAGGGCUUAAACCUCCCCGCACGUAUAUUUGAAGCGUUAUGUGUUGAUUAUAUUUUUAUAGAAAUUAGUUUAUAACGUCUCACACAUAUGAACACAGUGAAAAUCGAUUCGAUACUUCCCAUAUUUUUUGAUACACGUCGAAUAUUGAAAAAGAUAGCGACUGUCAAAAAUGAACAAUAAUUUGCAAAAAUGGCUGAGCUAAAACUCAAAAGGUGCUACAAAUGUAGCAAUGAAGGAAGCAUUCAUAUGAUCGAAUGAUAAAUUGCAUCCACGUUUCUUCUGCACAUAUAUGUUGGAAGUAUAUAAGAAAAGAUGUCAAGUUUUACGGUGCUUUUCAUAACAAUCUUUACUACGCAUAUGACUAUCAUUACAACGCAGAACAUCAGUGUUUUGCCUAAUAUAUCGAAUGUACUUAAAACAAAACUGUCAAGAAACUCUCAUGGUAGGAGCAUCGAACAAUUUGGAGCUCUCGUAUCAUACAACAGAUCUUCCUAUAAAGGCUAUAAAACCGAUAAAAAAACUGCAAACAAAGUGCUUAUAAGCGAUACCCGAAGUACUAAUGUACUAAACAACAGCUACGUUGAUGCGGUCAUAUCUCUAUUUUCAUCUGGCUCUGGUGGCGAGGACAAAAAAGAAAUUUCUAGCGAUGUAAAACAAAAUGGUAAAAAAACGCUAUCUGAACAAGUGAUAGAAGGUAAAUAUGGUUUAAUCAAUAAAGAACUUUUCAAAAUAGUUCCGCGAAGACCUGGAGUAAUUAGUUAUAAACAUAACUCAGAUGUACCAAUAGAUAAUGCUAUGAACUAUGGAGGAUUGAAUGGUGAAGACAUCUGGCUGUCUGAAGAUCAUCUAUUAAUUAUUAAAGGGGGCAAUAUAAAUAAAAAUAACAAGAGCGUUUAUUGGAAACCGAUUGAUGAUUAUGAAGCUCCUGCCAGACCAAUCAAGCUACCACUGAAUCCGAAAAUUCCACCACCUUUUCCAGUUCAAUUAUUUGAUGGUGGACCAAUAAAAUUAAUCAAAAAUAUUCAACUUCAGAUGAAUAAUCAUUUUGCCAAUGACACAGCAUUUACCGUUUUAGAUGGAAGACAUACAAACAUUGGUACUGAUAAUGAUAAAUCAAUCCUGUCAUUUUUCGGCAAAGGCAUUCAUUCAAAGUUUAAUGGGCAUCAUUAUUUACCGCCAAUAUUAGGUGAUACGCAUAACGCAACAUCACCACUAUUUUUUUUGAAUACUUCAAUUAUCUCUCAAUCGUUUGAUGAUAAGAACAAAACGGACAUUGAUGAGGAAGAUCAAUCUUUAUAUUAUCCACCACCGUAUAGUUUUGUAUACAAUAACACCUAUGACAAUCAAGUAUUACCAGGUCCUAUCGUACCUGGUAUUAUAUUACCACCCCCUCCAAAUCUAUUUGCUGCUCUAGAUGAUAAUGAAAAAGUUAUGAAAAUGCCGCUUGCUGUGUUUAAUAGAAUGCACAACAUGAAAUUGCAUGAUCGCUUGAACACAUCAGUUAUCGUACAACCGAUUAUAAGUUUCAAAGGACAGAGUCAUAGAAACCUAUCUGAUAGAGUCAAAAUUCCCAUUAAAAUUAAAACGACGAACUACAACAUCGAAAUAGAAGAGGCCAACGUUAAAGUACUUAUAUCUGCUAAUAACACAAACCGUUCUACAGCAGCUUACAAUUCUCCUCUACAGAACACCAUAAAUAUCAGAAAACGUGCAAAAAAUAGAGCAGAAAUCAAUAAACCCAGUAAUUUGCUUAACCAUUUCCAACCUAAUAAUGUUAAAGGCAAUACUAUAUACUACGAGUAUUUCGACUCCAGAACUCCAGCAGUAUAUUCGUAUAACAAUCACAUGUCAACGACUCCUACGCCAGUUUUGUUUGAAAAUGAUGAAUAUAUAAUAACUUCUGAUAAAAAGACAUAUGAACAGCCAUUAGCGAAUGGAAAACAUCCUUCUAUUCAGAGUUACUCAAGAGAUAACAAAUUACCUGGCAUUGAGUACUCUCACUACAAAACGAUUGAAGAGUUCAAUAGAGAAAUUGAAACAAUACGGCAAACAUUACGUUACUAUAAACAAUCUUUUCCAUUAACUGAUUCUGGCCGUCAACUGAGAACCAAACCAAUAUAUGGUAGUUCAUUCAUUUCUAACUACGCAGAUGCAUUCAGUAAAAUGUUUGGUGGCAUAAAUUCUUCUACCACGUAUUAUAACCAAGAUCAUAUUUCCAAGUCUGCCAAUCUAAAUUUGCAAAUGCCAAAUGACCACAAUUUCUAUAAGGAAAAUCGUAUGACGUAUAAACAUGUCCCUAGUAUAAGACAACCCAACUAUAAAGUUCUAGGACAAUUUAGUGAUUACAACCCCCAUGAUAAUAUAGGUAUUACAAAUGCAAAUCCCAAGGUACGUUAUACUCCAUAUACAACACCACGGCCAUAUUAUAUAGAUCAACCUAAAUGGUACAUUGGAAAAUUAAACGAAGAGCGAAUGCCAAAUCCUCUUAUUUAUAAUAAUGGUGCUAGUGGAUAUAAUCAAAAAAUAUUCUGUGAACAGCCUUCUACUGACUCUCAACAUCAGAAAAUCGGUGUUAAUCUCCAACAACAACCAGUUAAUAGUGCAGGUCCUUUUAGAUCAUACAUUAGUCCAGGUAAAAAUAAUAUGUUGAACGAUCAACAACUUCAAACACCAAGCCCAUACCUAGAAAGAGAUGUAUUCAUCAAUUACAGAUACCCACUUCCAACAAAAAAUUCUAAUAGUGAAUAUCUACCGGAUAAUGAAGCAAGCCCAAGAAUACUAAUUCAGUAUAAUUUAUCAGAUGAAAAAUCACAGAUACAUUUCUCCGCUCAGCACGAUCCGAAACAUCCUUGAUUCCUUUUCUUAUGUAUACCAGGCAAAUGUUAAUGUACUACUUAUCAGAAAUAAUGUAAAUGUGAUAGCUGGAUAACCUAGUUUAGUUGUUAAUUUGAAUGUCUAGAAUCAAAUUAAAAUACCGAGGUAUUGUGCUGUCAAAAUAAAGUAUUUUUUCGAGAGUGUAACCUAAAGUUCAUGCAAGAAGACACAGUUUGAAUUAAAUAAUA